AUGCUGCUGGUCAGCCAGGCUGCCAACGGCUCCCUCUCCGCGCGGCGGCUGCCCUCCAAGCCGCUCGCCAGCCGCCGCGGCGCCAACCCCUACCCUCUCUUCGCCGGCCCGCGCGUCGCGCGCCGCCGCCUCGUGCUCUCCGGCGCCGCCGACGCGCGGGACGCGCCCCGCCGCGCCUCCGCCUCGCCUCCCGCCCACGCGGCCGCGGGCGAGGGCCCCUCCGGCUCCCCCGCCGCCGCCGAGGACCCCGUCCUCCUCGGCGUCAGCGACGACCGCGUGCCCCUCGAGGGCGUCAUCCAGGUCGAGAAGCCCGGCCAGGCCGACGCCCAGUCCAAGCUCGUCUCCUACGCGAAGAUAGGGCUUCUGGCCGGAGGGGAUCUGCUUUGCCUGCUGGUCUUCUCCGCGAUUGGGAGGCUCAGCCAUGGCCUGCCCGUGCUUGACGUCGAGACGUUCAAGACGGCCGACCCGUUCAUUGCUGGUUGGUUGCUUAGCGCCUACCUCCUUGGCGGAUUUGGUGAUGAUGCCAAAGGAAGCAAUGGUGUUGGGAAUGCUGUAACUGUUGCGGCCAAAUCCUGGGCUGUUGGGAUACCGUUGGGAAUUGCCAUUCGUUCAGUGACCGCUGGUCAUAUUCCACAAAUUCCUUUCGUCUUGGUGGCCAUGGGAAGUACUGGGGUCUUGUUGACUGCAUGGCGUGCUCUGAUUUCCCAAGUUCUUUCUGCUGGACAGAGCAAGAAGGAUGAUGUAUACAGAAAGGGAAAUCCUUUUGAGCUUUUCGAGUUGCUCACAUCGCUGGUGCGGAGGUGGUGA